AUGGCAACAAAUGAAAAUCUUCCACCGAAUGUAAUAAAACAACUUGCAAAGGAACUGAAGAAUCUUGAUGAAUCACCACCCGAGGGAAUUAAAGUAGGAGUAAACGAUGAUGAUUUUUCAAUCAUAUAUGCUGAUAUUGAAGGCCCAGCUGGGACUCCAUAUGAAAAUGGUGUUUUCCGCAUGAAGCUAUUAUUAUCUCAUGAUUUUCCACACUCUCCUCCCAAAGGUUACUUCCUGACUAGGAUUUUCCAUCCAAAUAUUGCUUCAAAUGGUGAGAUUUGUGUUAAUACGCUUAAAAAAGAUUGGAAUCCAAGUCUUGGACUACGCCAUGUCCUCACUGUAGUGAGAUGUUUAUUAAUUGAACCAUUUCCAGAGUCAGCUUUGAAUGAACAGGCUGGCAAGAUGCUCCUUGAAAAUUAUGAAGAGUAUGCCAGACAUGCCAGGAUAUAUACUGGAAUCCAUGCAAAGCCAAAACCUAAGUUCAAGUCCGGAGCCAUUUCGGAAUCAACUACAGCUCUGAAUGUUGACCAGAGCAACACCUCAGUUCUUAAUAACGGUGACCAAAGGAAUGCAGCUGUUAGUGCUGCUGUACCGUUGCAAUCCCCACUGGCCCCUUGUACAACAGCCAGCAAAGGGGGAAAUAAUCAGGAUCAGCCAGCUGCUGUAGGUCCAAUGCAUGAGACAGGAGUUAGUGGAUCUGCGGCUGCACCAGCGGUCAGUACCCUGAAAAAAGAUGUUGGACUUUCAAAAGUUCAGGCAGACAAGAAGAAAAUAGAUGCAAGAAAAAAGAGCUUAAAGAGAUUAUGA